UUGUUGUCAGGUUGUGCUGUCGUUAUGCUACUUUCGUGUGCAUACAUUCUGUUAUCAAAAAUAUUUCAAACUACAGUUUUCUGCUAGCAAAAUGACCACGACAGCUUCCAGUUGCGACCCAACGGAAAUUGUCUGCUCAGAACGCAUCAAAUUUCGUCGAUUGCGGUCGCAGAACAUCGUGCAUCGACUGCGCUAUCGAGAGAUGGGCUUAAGCGUAAAGUCCCCGCAGCAUUCGGUUCGAGAGUUUUAUCAGAAUGUCUAUCCCAAUCUCACUGUAGUAAACGUCGAAAAACCACCGUGUUAUCUUCGAAAGUUCAGUCCAGAUGGACGCCUUCUGAUUGCCUUCUCAUCGGAUCAAGCUUCGCUGGAAAUAUAUCAGUAUAUGGGUUGCUCGGCGGCAGCUAGCCUGUUUCAAGAAAGUGAAGAUACGGAGUUAAUAAUGAACGAUGGCACUGGGGGGAGAAGUUACGAUAUAAGGAGUCAGAUUUUUGAUAGACUAUUUAAGCUAAGACAUAUUGUUAAUAUGGAAAACAAUGAAAAGCAGCUGAACCGCGAAUGUAGCUUGUUCACCAAUGACGGGCGGUAUGUGAUUAUCGGAGCUGCGGUGUUUAUUCCGGAGGAAAACAGGCCACAUUUCUACGAGUUAUACACAAAUAAUGAGGCAAUAAAGCCAACGGCCAGCUGUCCACUAGAGGAUUUCACCUUGUAUAUAAUAGACCUUCACAAUGGCCGCAUUUCAGACUCGAAAGAUUUCAAAGUGGACAAAAUAAUUCUAUCGCAUAACCAGGGUGUUUAUCUGUAUAACGAUACACUGGCGAUCCUCUCAAUUCAACACCAAACUGUGUACAUUUACUCGAUAGCCGAAGGGACCUUUAUCAUGGAACGAACCAUUGGGAGGUUUUGCUGCCCUGAUGAAAGUUAUCUGUAUUGCAUUGGAACGACUGGUGGUCGAUCAGGAAGCAACACAAAUCUGCGAGCUUUUCGAGAGCCAACAAUAAACAGUUUGAAACAUCGAAUGUUGGUUUUUUUGUUUCACCAGGCUAAGGUUAAAGUAGACACGGAGGAAGAUAAACUGGCGUUGAGGAAAUUUUAUCGGCGUUUUGACGAAUACAGAAACCUUCGUAUGUGGAAGAUGCAACUGCUGGAUGAUGACCAUUUAUUGAUUAAAUACGCUAGUGAAGACGUGGUAACACUGAAAACAAUAGAACCCAAUAAUCAUAGUUCCAUGUUUGUGAUAUAUCAUAUUUGGAAGAAUCGAAUCAUAGGAAUAUAUGGCAAUCAAUCGCAGGACUUGUUAUAUUUAUAUGAAAACUUUUGCGACAGCUUCCGGAAUGCCAAUCUUGCCCACCAGACGCAGUUCACCUGUUCGCCGAGUAACAACAUAUAUAGUAAUCUGAUUCAUCAGCGCUUCAAGCAAACAAUGAUCGGUGCUCGCGGGGGAGGCGUGCAAGAAGCGACCAAACGUAUCUUAGCACAGUUGCCAAUCAGUGCCCAAAGUUACAGCAGCUCACCCUACCUGGAUUUAAGUUUGUUCAGUUACGACGACAAAUGGGUUUCAGCAAUGGAACGGCCCAAAGCGUGUGCAGAGUUUCCGAUCAGAUUCUUCGCCCGCGAUUCAGGCCUUUUGAAGUUCCGGAUCUACGCCGGGGUACAGAAUCAACAGGCUAGUUCCAGCUCGCGAAGAUUGGUAGCGUUUACUUUUCACCCGACGGAGCCGUUUGCGAUAAGUGUUCAGCGAAUAAACACCGAUUAUAUUGCUAACUUUCACAUAAGACAUGCGGGCGCACGGCUGCAGAGGUGAUGGUUUAGUUUUUUAAUUUUAAAUUUAAUGUGACUUCAACAGUAUUGGACGCAGAAAAGCAUUCAAUAGGACGUUUUAUUGUGAAAAUAAAAAAAGAGAAUAAAAUCGAUGCACAAGAUUUUAAUG